GGUGGAGCGGGGAAGAUGGCGGCGGCGGGCGCGGGGGCCGGGCCCGGGCCCGGCGCGGGACCCUCGGCCGGCGCCGGUGCGUCCAACCCGCGCAAGUUCAGCGAGAAGAUCGCUCUGCAGAAGCAGCGGCAGGCGGAGGAGACCGCGGCCUUCGAGGAGGUGAUGAUGGAGAUCUGCUCCACACGGCUGCAGGCGCAGAAGCUGCGGCUGGCCCACAGCCGGGGGCCGUUCUACAGCGGCUCCCUGCCCAACGUCAACCAGAUCGGCACCGGCGUUCCCGAAUUCCAGGGUCCGUCGCCGCUGGAUUCCACGCGGAGCACGCGGCACCACGGGCUGGUGGAGCGCGUCCAGCGGGACCCGCGCCGGAUGAUGUCCCCCCUGCGCCGCUACGUCCGGCAGAUCGACAGCUCUCCCUACGGACCCACGUACCUGUCACCUCCGCCUGAGCCCAGCUGGAGGAGGACCAUGCCCUGGAGCAAUUUCCCGAUGGAAAAAGGACAUUUAUUCCGGCUGCCCUCAGCUCUCAACAGGACGAAUUCCGACUCGGCGCUGCACACGAGCGUGAUGAACCCCGCGCCCCAGGACGCCUACCUGGGCCCCUCGCAGGCCGGGCCGCCCCCCGGCCGCCGCGCCGGUUUCCUGGACGGCGACUCGGACAGCAAAGUGUUUCUUUUCCAAGUGCCUCCCAUCGAAGAGAACUUUGAUGACAACAAGCACUCGCUGAAGCCCUGGGACACCAAGAAGCUCUCGUCCUCCUCGGCCCGGCCGCGCUCCUGCGAGGUCCCGGGAAUCCACAUAUUCCCAUCCCCGGAUCAACCUGCCAACGUGCCCCUCAUGCCCUCGGCCCUCAACACCGGGGGGUCCCUGCCCGACCUGACCACGCUGCACUUCCCGUCCCCUCUGCCCACCCCCCUGGACCCCGAGGAGGCCCCGUACCCCCCCCUGAGCGGGGGCAGCAGCACCUCCAACCUGGCCACCACCAUGACCCACCUGGGCAUCAGCGGCACCGGCGGCGUCGGGCUGGGCUACGACCCCCCAGGACUCCCCUCACCUCUGCAGAGCUCCCUGAGUAACCCGUCCCUGCAGUCCUCCCUGAGCAAUCCCAACCUCCAGGCCUCCCUGCGCAGCCCCUCGCUCCAGGCCUCCCUCAGCAACCCCUCGCUCCAGUCCUCCCACAGCAGCUCCUCCAUCCCCUCCUCCCUCUCCAACCAGUCCCUGCCUUCCUCCCUGUCCUCCUCGCUCUCCAACCCCUCGCUGCCCACGUCCCCCCGGAGCCAGCCCCUCCAGUCCUCGCCCAGCAACCCCAGCCUGCCCUCGGGGCUGGGGGGCUCCUUCGCGGCCACCUCGCCCCGCCGGCGGGUCCCGCUCAGCCCCCUGUCCCUGCCCGUGGCCGGCGACUGCAGACGGCAGCACCCCAAACAGUUCUCACCAACAAUGUCACCCACAUUGUCCUCCAUCACCCAGGUACGCAUCGUCCCCACGCUCCAGCGCCGCCGCCUCCUCUUCCUCGGCCUCUUCCUUGUCCUUUUCCUCCUCCUUUCACCCUCCUCCUCCUCCUCCUCCUCCCCUUCCUCCUGCUCCUCUUCCACUUCCUUGUCCUCCUCCUUGGGACCCCGGCCCACCCUGGGUCCGGGUGCAGCCGAGGCCGAUUUCGGGGGUCUCAGGGACGGCUCCCGCUGCCGGUGCCGGGGGGGCUGGGGGAGCCCCCCACCCUCGGGGGGCCGGCGCUGA